CCACCCCAGACCACUUUUUGUACUAUGUUACUAUAUAAUCAAUAUGUUAUAUAUGUGUUACAUGACUCAACUUCCCAUCAAACUCAUGGUAACCAUGGACUGGUACUCGUGGUUGUCGAAAACCAACCUCGACCCGUAUUUAGUUUACGAAUACGGGCGAACGUUCACGCACAACGAGCUUCAAAGAAGCGACAUACACUACUUCACACACGAGUUUCUUCAAAGCAUGGGAGUCUCAGUCGCCAAACACAGGCUCGAGAUAUUAAAGCUCGCACGAAGAAAUACUGGAGGCCGUCCCAAGAUCGGGUUCUCAAAGCUCGUGUCGGCUAUUGCCAAGACUAGAAUGCUGCUUUCCAAGAGAUUUGGAAGGUGUGUUUCUAGCAAAUGUGCGGUCCACACGCCUAAGCCCGACCCUAACCCGUUUCGACCACAGUGGCCCAGUAGUAACCUAAGGAAGAACAUGGGGUUUGAUGAGGAUAACGAAGAGAAAGUGAAGACGACCAUGAAAUCUGGACCGUUGGAUAGAAGAGUACUAGAGAGUUAUAUGAGCCCGAAACGGGUUUUAAGUGUUUCCGGCCCUUUGGAUAGGAAGGUGCAAGAGAACCUUAUGGUAAUGUACGGUAGCCCAAUGGACACUAGACAUGGACCAAGUGGUUCAGGCCCAGUUGAUCAUGUGGUGGGCUACAGUCCAAAGAUUGGGAUUCCAUACAACAUGGUGCAGAAUAAUAGUGGUGAAGUUGAUGUGGUGUCUUCACUUUGGUCUUUAAUGUUCCAGAAUAUGAAACCUACCUAACCACUAGUGAUGUUGCUUUGUUUUAAUAUUAACACCAAACAUAUGUCUUGUCUUUAUUUCUAGUUUAUGGUUUUAAUUUUCUUUUACAUGUUGUAAUGUAAGUUUUAUGAGAAUCUAUAUAUGGACAUCUAUGUUUAGUUA